GCGCCCAUGGAAGAGGAGGAUGAUUCGAUCGAUGCUGUGCGCGCUGGUGAUGUUCCUGGGGCUCAUCAUCGCCCCGACAUCGGCCUAUCCAACCGGGAAGGUGGUCGAGGUCACCGAGGUCGACUUCGACGCGCAGGUAGCGAAAGGACCGACGCUGGUGGACGUCUACGCGGACUGGUGUGGACACUGCAGACAACUCGCGCCGGUGUGGGAGGAACUCGCGAAGGAGCUCGAAGGCGAAGUCUAUGUCGUCAAGGUCAACGGCCCGAAGUGCAGGUCCCUGCAGCAGAGGCUCCACGUCAAGGCGUACCCGUCCAUACUCUACCUCCGCGACGGCGAGAUGCGAUCGUACGACGCGGCGCAGAGGACCGUCCAGGCGCUCGCCGCCUUCGCCAGGAAAGGGUGGAGGCGCACCAAGCCGGUGCCCUUCUACAUGGCGCCCAACAACUGGUACGGGCGGAGCGUGGGGUGGGUGUACAAGAUACCGGCGAUCGCUCGCGAGGCGCACGGAAACCUGCGAAAGGCUGGUUGGGGCGACGUGUCCAUCAUCUUCGCGACGUUGGCCGUGCCGGUGGCGGCGGGGAUGUUCGCGAUAUUCGUGGCGGACGUGUGGGUGGUGCGGACGACGCGGGCGCAGGGGGCGGCGGCGAGGCGGCGGGACGACGCGCGGCGGCUGCUGAGGGAGCAGCAGGAGGCGCUCGAACGGAUGAACCGAGUGCACGCCGACUGACGAACGAGACCGAAUGAUUUAUCGUUUAAUUACAACGCCCGGCCCAAACCA